GGCUUGCAUCGUUGCACCGCUCUCUCGGCGACAGUCCAAUUUAUGCAUCACACGGCUAUGUAGGCACCACACGAGAGAGCAGGAUUAUUACCCAAAAAACACCACUGCUGUGCCCUGGACUUUGUGCCACACUUAUAUAUCAUAUAUAUAUACACUGCAAUAUAUAUCAACAAUCAGUACGUUUUCAAAGUGCCUGGAUAUAAAAUAUAAAUAAUAUAAAAAAAUAUUAUUACUCAUCAUUUGGACGCCACACACGUACAAGAGGAUUUUAAAAUCAACUUAUCUUCGAAAAUUAAUCAUCGUUAUUGUUCAUCACAAACUCUCAAGUAAAAGACAAAAAAUUUAACCGUUUGUUUUUUUUGUUUGGUAAAAUUUAAACCAUCGACGUGCCAGUGAAUUAUUAUUCAACCACUGGAUUUAUCAACAUACAAAGUGUUUUUUUUUUUUUUUUUUGUUAAUUUUUAUUAUUUUUGGUGACUCGUGACGCAAAAAGUUAUCGGGACAAAAGUUUUGAGGACAAGAGUUUUUUUAAAAUUAUCUCAAGUGUUACUUAUUUAUUUAUUUUUUUUUUGUUCUCAAUUAUCAAUUAAAGUACUGUGGCUCGUCGAACGUGUUAAUAUGUACCGCACACAGCGGAUAAUACUUGAAAUUUCGUGACUAUCAUCAACGUGCAUUGCAGUGUGUUGAUUUGGGUGCUCUGCUCCGCCAAAAAUCAAAUAACAAAAAUAAUUUUAAAAAACUGGAAAGAAAAUUUUUUUAUCAAUUUUGAAAUAUUAAAUUUAUAAAAAAAUCAUAAUUAAUCAGCUAUGGCCGAGGGAAAUGGGGAACUCAAAAUGGAAGAAAAGCAGUCCAAGGAGGAAAUGGAGUACGUCGAAAGAACGGAGGAUUAUGCUAAACUGAUACAGUAUGGACUCGAUGAAAAAGUGGCUGCUAAAUUAGACGAAAUUUACAAAACUGGUAAACUCGCCCAUGUUGAUCUCGACGAGAGAGCCCUGGAUGCCCUGAGGGAAUUUCCUGUUGACGGAGCGUUAAAUGUUCUCACGCAAUUUUUGGAAUCUAAUUUGGAACAUGUGUCCAACAAAUCGGCGUAUCUUUGUGGAGUUAUGAAGACCUACAGACAAAAAAGCAGGGCAGGCCAGGGAACGGGCACUAGUACAACGCCCAAAGCUCCGGAUGAAGACAAAAUUAAAAUGAUACUCGAGAGAACCGGAUAUCCACUCGAUGUGACCACUGGACAACGAAAAUACGGCGGCCCGCCUCCAAAUUGGGAGGGCCCGACUCCAGGAAACGGUUGUGAGGUAUUUUGUGGGAAGAUACCUAAAGACAUGUACGAAGACGAAUUAAUUCCUUUGUUCGAAAAAUGCGGUAAAAUAUGGGAUUUGAGGCUUAUGAUGGAUCCCAUGUCUGGUACCAACAGAGGAUAUGCUUUUAUUACAUUUACAAACCGAGAAGCCGCACAACAAGCUGUCAGAGAGCUGAAUGAUUAUGAGAUUCGGAAAGGCAAAAAGAUUGGUGUUACCGUAUCUUAUAACAAUCACCGCUUGUUUGUGGGAAAUAUUCCAAAGAAUCGAGACCGAGAUGACUUGUUCGAAGAGUUUACAAAGCACGCACCCGGCUUGACCGAGGUGAUUAUCUACAGCUCGCCGGAUGACAAAAAGAAGAAUAGGGGAUUCUGUUUUUUGGAAUAUGAAUCCCAUAAAGCAGCUUCUCUGGCGAAAAGAAGACUCAGCACAGGUCGUAUCAAGGUCUGGGGCUGUGAUAUUAUAGUUGACUGGGCUGAUCCUCAAGAGGAACCGGAUGAACAAACUAUGGCUAAAGUAAGAGUGCUGUACGUAAGGAACCUGACGCAAGAUUGUUCUGAAGAAAAAUUGAAAGAAUGUUUCGAGCAGUACGGUAAAAUCGACAGGGUAAAGAAGAUCAAGGACUACGCAUUUGUACAUUUCGAAGAUAGAGAUAAUGCAGUGAAGGCUAUGCGGGAACUUAAUGGUAAGGAAAUAUGUGGCUCUCACAUAGAAGUAGCAUUGGCAAAACCGCCAUUUGAUAAAAAGAAAAAAGAAGAUAUGUUACGAGCUCGGGAAAGAAGAAUGAUGCAAAUGUUGCAAGGCCGUGGAGGAGGCUCCCCAUCGCAUCCCAGUAUGAUCAGCGGACCAAUGCCAGUACGAGGAACUGGACAAAGUGGCGGUCCCCGAGGCUCUUCGGGCAGCAUGAGACCACCAAUGGGUCGCGGUGAUUACACUCUCAAGGAAAUAGAUUAUGAUUACGACUAUUACGGUUAUGGGGAUUAUCGAGGUGGCUACAGUGAUCCAUAUUACGAUGACUAUUAUCGAUACGAAGAUUACUAUUUCGAUUAUGCGCCGCCUCCGCCGCCUGCCAGAGGGAGGGGCAGGCAGCCUCAACCGGCUGGUCGUGGCCGUGGACAGGUGGCCCGUGGCCGAGUAGUCGGUGGCCCCCAAGCCCGUGGCCAAGUCAGGGGGGGACGCAACCCCGCAACAUCAGGGGCCCGUGGGGCCCAGCGGCCAGCCGCUCGUGGGGGGGUCCGCGCCAAGGGAAGUUUACCAGGUGAGGAUGCAGGUAAACGAAAGUUUGACGGGGGUCACCAGAACCAGGGGGAAUCUAAACGUCGCUUCCAGAGCAGCUGGGGAAACCAGCCCCUCGCCCAACAACCACUGGGCAAUACGUACGGAUUGGCGAGUGUAAACGGUGGCGGUGGCGGUGGUGGUGGUGGUGGUGGUAGUGGUGGCGUAGGUUUUACUGAUAGACCCGGAGCAACAGGCGCCGCGACUGGUGACGAUCACGAAUGGUAUCAGGACUCAUACAAUUCGUGGAGCUAACUUUCGCCGGUUAUUUUACAAUGUUAACUAUUCACGCAAUCGAAUUGAAAUAUACUGAUUUAUAUAUAUUACUAAAAAAAUUAAAUAUAUAUAUAUACAUAAAUAUACAUAUAUAUUUUAAUCUAAAUAAUAAUUUCAUGGAACAAAAAAAUAUUACGGACGUUUUUACGCCACCGGGCGUUUCAAAUGGGCCUCAAUGACCACGUGCAAAAAAAUUCAUAAGGCAAAAAAAAGAGAUACAAAGUAACAUUAUAAUAUUUAGAAAAAUGAAUAAUAAAAAUAUGACGGACGUAACUACACGCUCUGUCAUAAGCAACUUAAUAAUAUUAAUUAUAAAUUAAAAUAUCCGAAGCUCGAUCGCGAGCUUUCCUCUCGCUCGUCGUCAGGGCCGCGAGACUUUUGAAGGAGAGAGAGAAUGAAAAGAAUGAUCCGUUGUUAGUGGGCGAGAGAGAAAGAUUUUUAGUUGAAAUUUUUAAAUUAUGCGAAUUAAAUUAAAAAAAAAAAUGUAUAACACCAAUCCGUCAAGAUACUGCUUCUUAUCUCGCGAUUAUAUUUGUAAUUGUAAAACUUUUUAGAUUCUCAUACGUCGUCAAGUGAAUAUAUUUAAUUAAAAAUAAUAAAUUGUAAUAUUAGAUUAUUAAAAAAAAAAAUUGUAAAUGCGCGCGAGGUCGUAUCUAAUGAAAAAAAAAAGUCUAUAAAAUUUGCCGAAUUGAAUUAAAAAAUGGAAAAAUAAAAUAAAGAAUAGUAGAUUCAUUUAAAAGUAAAACACGUCAUUAAUAUAAAUAAUAUAUUUAUGCCACACACUCACAUACCACCGUCGUCCGCCGCGCGCAAAGUUGUUGUGAUUUUAAUUGUACAGUGAUGUGCCACUGGGACUAUUAUUACAUCGGAGUGACCACCCACCCACCCCGUACUAUUAUUAUUAUAUUGAUAAUAUUUAAUUGUAAUAUCUUAAUCGUAAGGUAACCACUACUGCAUUGUCACAUUGUUUACUGCCAAGCGAGAGAGUGAUUUUAGAAUGUUUAAGAACGCGCAAAUAUGCUUAAAGUUUAUUAAAAAAAAAAUUAUUAUAGUUGAAAAAAAUUAAAAAAAUUCGGAACAAAAUUUCUUCUUUAUAAGAAAAAAAAAAAGUGAUAUAAAAGCGAUGUUGAUAAUUUUUGGCUUGUGAUGGUUCGUAUUUAAGUUAGAAGCGGUUAUUAAAAAAAAAAAAUUUUAAAUGCGUGAUAGCCUGUGGUUGUAGCAGCAAAUGUCUUUCGAAAAAAAAAAAAGAAAAUAACGUUUUGUUUGUUUGUUUGUUUUUUAUUGGAUUAUUAAGAGAAAAGACUACUCACUGCAAGGAUAGGGGCGGGUUUUUAAAUUGAUAAAAGCGUUAGGAAUGAGCGUGAAAGAGAGUACGUUAAAAUUUAUAAGAAUGGAUGUAUGCGAGUGAGCUGACGUUAUAAUGACCACUGAUAAAAAUAAAAUUGUUAAAAAUGUAUGUGGUUAGUCAAAAGCGCGUCUAGAAAUAAGAUAUUAUAAAAAGAAAAAAUCUAAAGUGCAUCCCCCUGAGUGUGCAUGUAUGCGUUAUUGUAAAAGAUUGAGAGAGAAAGCACCUUCAGGUGCCAUUAGACCUCCUAUUGUUGGUCUAUAAUGUGUACAGUCAGUGAAACUAUUAUUAUUAUAUUAAGGUUCAGGAAAGUUUUUCGCGUUAAAAAAAAAACAAUGACUAACUUGUGAUGUAUACAACGAGUUAGUCAUUGUUUUUUUACGCUGAUUAAAUGUCCUUUUACGUUUUGUUUCAUUUUUUUUCUUCUAUUUUUUUUUUUUUUUUUUUUUUCUUAUUUUAUUAAAUGAUAAUAAUAAUAAUAUUGUAUCGCGAUUCAUACGCGAAUGUGAUCAAUUCGAGUUUGAGUAAGAGAUAAAAACUAUUGCUCACAAGUUGAGACUAAAGUUAGAAGAAAAAAAAAAAAAAAGAAAAAAAAAUUGUCUUAUGACAAAUUUAUAUAGAAAAAAUGAAAAUUGUACAUUUUUAAUAAUCAAUUUCAAUGAAAUAAGUAUUUCCACUCAAAGAGUGAAUACUAUUAUAAAAAUUUUUUAGAUCAUUUCGCUAUAAAUUUAUAAUAAUUACUAUUAUUAAAAUAAUUAUUUAACGCAUUUUUCUACGAGAUGUGAUUUAAAGUUAAAGAAAAAAAUAUUAAGUCAAACACCUCCCUCAUGUAAAUUGGAUCAAAUCCGAGGUCGAGGUGUUUUUAAAAACAUAAAAAAAAAUUAAAAAUUAUAAAAAAAAAAACUUAUUAUAAUAAUAAUGACGUGACUAUUGCGUCUCGAAUUUGUUAUAAUUCGAAAUCGACUGGAAACCGAAUUGAUAAUGAUAGUUACAGAUUGAUAAAAAAAAAAGAAAAAAAAAUUAAUAAUUUAGGUAUUGCUUAAAGCAUAUACGGGAUUAUGCAUGAGAGUAAAGAUAAAUUCAUAUAAAAGAAAAAAAGAAAAAAAAAUAUUAAAAAAAAAACGAAAAAAAAAAAAAAA